AUGACCUUUUGCUUUGGGAGAGAGUUAUCUUGUGAAUUUGAGAACUGGAUGCGUUCUAUUUCAGGGUUAGGCGUUGAAAGAUUAUGCCUUUCCUUUAUUUGUGGUUCUGUUUCCGUCCCUCGAGACCCUUUCUCUGACAGGUCCCUCGAGACCCUUUCUCUGACGGCUGUUUUGUUAGCAAGUGGACAGCUAGAGGGUAUUUUGUCCUCUUGUUUUAACCUUGAGCAAUUAACUCUUAAACUUUGUAACCUUCCUUAUAAGCUACGCUUUUCCAGUACAGUAACAUAUGUUACGUUUCACAUUUGUGGUGGAGUGAAAGAGAUUGAUUUUCAGGCUGCAAAUCUUCGUGCACUUGAUUUUCACUGUUUUGACAAUGUAAGAUUCAUUUUCUCGUUUGUUCCCAAGUUGGAAAAUGUAACGAUUCAUCCUUCUAAAGCCGAUACAAUGUCAUACAUCUUCGGUGAUUUUGCGAGAGAUUUACCUGCUCACGUUAAAUCUUUAGCAGUCAGAUGUGGUCAUGAGAUAAAAUGCAUACCAAUCGAUAUGAAGAUGUUCAGAAACAUUAGGCAGUUAAGCUUGUCACUAUUCGACUUGUAUGACUCUGACAUACUCAAUAUUUCCCUCCUCUUGGGUGCUUGUCCUCUUCUUCAAUAUCUGAAUUUGACGGCACCACAAGUAGAGAAAAAGAGCACGAAACAAAGAGGAAGUAGAGAGCCUCCUUUAUCUCCUAUGUGUCACACUAAACUAAAAGAAGUGACAUUGGGUGGAUUUUAUGGAUCAACAUCAGAGAUUGAAGUUGCUCUAUUUAUUCUUAGAAGUGCAUUAACACUUGAGCGGAUGUUUCUCAUCCCAGGGUACAUAAGUCCUCAUAGAGGUAAUUUGGCGACUAAUGUUUCCUUCAGUGAUAGAGAACGUUACUCAAUCCAACGGGAAUUACAUGGACAAGCUAUCUCCAGGGAAGCUGUGGUGAUCUUCUACAAAUAAUAUACAUUUUGAUAGAUCUAUUAUGUCGAUAUGGUAGCUGAUUUGAUUUUACUUGUAAAAAACAUUCAAGCACAUGAUUUUCUUUGUUGACACGGGUCGUUGUAGGUAGACAUCAGUUUUAAUUACGAAUGAAGUAUGUAGAUGCACAAGAAGCUAAUUGUCAAGUGGCGAAUUGCUUUUUUCACCUUAUUCUAUUGUGUUGAUGUGUCACUGUAUUUCAUUAUGUUACCACCAACAAUUAAGAUAUCCAAUUGCUGGGCAAGGAAUGGGAUUAAAUACCAUGAGUUACUAUAUUACCUUAGGAGAUCAGGUAAAUUGGUCUACAUGUGCUAAGUUUGACUCAGUCAUCACAUUUUAGACAUUGUCUCGACAUAUUUCUUUUACUAAGUCAUUGAUCUCAUAUCGGGGGUCUGCAUUCACUAUUAAGCCUAUGCUUGUCCACUCCUUUCAAGCUUGAUUCUCCCCUCAGACUCAUUGUCUAAACUCGUUAUUUCGCACUCUAUUUGGUUGUAAUGCGGUUCAAGAACCCGAUUCCCUUCCUGUACUUUAACCCCGGGCUUCCCUUUCAUUACUUCUUUUAGAAAAGAUCGAGGAGACAACCCGCUCAAAACACCCUACCACCAAAAAAACAUAAUAUGAUAAUGCUUUUUUUUUUUUUUUUUUAAAAUGAUAACGGUUAACUAACACCCAGGAAGUCAUUUUUUUGCGACUAUAUGAAAUCCAAAACAAAUUACAUUUUGUUCCUACCUGUAGUUACAAUUGAUGGUUAUACAAAAUGUCUAACACUACUAGUCUGAAUAACUUUACUAACUAGUAAUUAGCUAAGCAUCAACUAGCUAGCUGAAGGUA